AUAAAAUGAGGUCCUAAAUUCAAUUGGAUUACAUCCAAAAAAGAAAAAACUAAAUCACUGAAUAAAUCCCGUACGUCCGUGCAGCUUCUUCUAAAAGUGACAAACCUCUAACUUCACAGAUCGAAACCUCUCAAUUUUGUUCCCAAAUUCACAACUUGUUUGCGAACCCUAGCAACCAAAUUCAAAAUUUACUUCCCCGCCCCCUUUCACUUUCAACAACCCCCACUCACUCACUACGCCGCACCGUACAUUGCCACCCCUGCCGUUCAACUUCCUCCGCCACCAGUCAUUGGUCCCGUUCCACCUCCAGCUGCUGCUUACGCCGUGCCGCAAUCAGGCACAAUAUUGAACUGCUUGUUUGCGAACCCUAACAACCAAAUUGUGGGAUUUAUUUUGCUUCAUUCUUUGUUUCUUUCCGAGUGCCGCCGUCACAGACAUUCUCAGGUUUGCUUUCUAUUUUUCUCGUCAUAUCUUUGUUUUCUUAACUUUUGAUCUGACUUUGUUCAUGGUGUACUGAAGCAGUAACUAGGACAAAUAGAAAAAUGUGAUUAAACAAUGAUAUUUUUAGUUUUACAAGUUCACAUUAUUGGGGUGUGGUUAUUAUGGUGGUAUUUGUCACAGAUAUAUUAAUCAAUGUUAAGAAAGGACUCUCUUUUUGGUCUAGGUUGUCACUCUAAAUAAUAAUUUAAGUAAAAGUUUAGAUUUUUUUUUCAUGGUCUGAAUUUUGACAAUCAAGUUAUUAUUAUUUACAGCGUCUUCUAAAGUAAUAAAUAAAGAGAUGGGAGUAGGGACGGAGCUAGGUGUUUCAACUGAGAGAGAAGUUAACAGAAAGAGAAGUUACCAUUCAAUUUCAUCACCAUCGCCAUCAACCUCACUCCUUCAAACCACCACAACCCUUUCUCCAUUACCAUUACCACCACUUGGCAAAACAAAAUCUCUAUUCGAAAUUAUCUCCACAAACCCUUCCUUAACCGUUGAGAAAGCUCUAGAAGAUUCCUCCAUCGAUGUCACACCGCAAGACGUUGAACAAGUCCUUAAACUUAGUUACCGGUUCCCCGCUCAGGCGGUCAAGUUCUUCCGUUGGGCCGGUCACCAUAUCAACCACAACCAUACACCUUACUCUUGGAAUUUGGUAAUCGACAUUUUAGGUAAAAACUGUUUAUUUGAUGCAAUGUGGGAUGCGGUGAAAUCAAUGAGGCGAGAAGGUUUGCUUUCACGGUCGACAUUUGCUUCUAUUUUUGCUAGUUAUGUUAAUGCUGGUAGAAUUGCUGAUGCUAUUACGACUUUUGAGGUGAUGGAUGGUUAUGGUUGUGUUAGGGAUGUUAUUUCGUUGAAUUCUUUGUUGAGUGCUGUUUGUGAUAGUGGUAGAGUUAUUGAAGCUUGUGAUUAUUUGCAAGUUGCUAAAAAACUUGUUAGACCUGAUUCCGAUACUUAUGCUAUUUUGAUGGAAGGUUUGGAGAGUAAUGGGAAUGUUGUUGGUGCUAAGGAGAAUUUCGCUGAAAUGGUUUUUGAAAUUGGUUGGGAUCCUGCUAAUGUCUCUGCUUAUGAUUCGUUUUUGUGUACUUUGAUUAAAUGUUCUGAUGGGAUUCGUGAGGCGGUUAAGUAUUUUGAUUCGUUAAGAGAUAGGAGAUGUUAUCCGGGAAUUAGGUUUUUUAGGGUUGCACUUGAUGAGUGUGUUAGGUUUCAUGACAUAAGGAGGGCAGAGUUUUUUUGGGAGGUUAUGUUGGGGAAAACUAAGUUGCAGCCGACGACUGCAAUGUAUAAUUCAAUGAUUUCUUUGUAUUGUUAUCAUGGUGAUAUUGAUGCUGCUAUGAAGAUGCUUGAUGGUAUGGUUUGUAAGGGAGCUUUUCCGGAUUCGCUUUCCUAUAAUUUUUUGUUUAGGUUUUUGAUUAAGGGGAGGAAAUUGCGGGAGGCUUCGAGGAUGUUUACUGAGAUGGUGAAAAAUGAGUGUGUGCCAGAUCAGCUGAAUUGUGAUGCGGCGGUUAAGGUUUAUUUGGAUAAUGGGGAUGCUGUUAUGGCUAUCAAAGUUUGGAAAUGUUUGGUAGAGAAUUACCGUGAAGAUUUAGAUGGUACUGCUAAUCUUCUAGUUGUAGGGCUUCGAGAUAAUGAUAGGGUCCCAGAAGCAGUUAAGUAUGCUGAGCAUAUUAUUGGAAGAGGAAUCAAGUUAACUUCUUCAACAUUGUCGAAGUUGAGACAAAGCCUUGUCAAAGAUAGAAAAGAAUUUGUGUACGAUCAACUUAUAGCAAAGUGGAAAGCGGCCUAUUAGUUAUUGUCUUAUUGAUCAAGGAUUCACCUGCUUGGAAGAAUAAAAGUGCAAUAACAUAUGAGCUAUACCAUACCAGGUGUGAAUUGGUUUUGUCAAAGAAUUUAUAGACAUGCAGUUUUUUGUAAAUUGAUUGUCUGGUUGAUCCUAUUGAGGUGUCAAUGAGCGCACCCUAUAAGUUUGACCCUGCAUGUUUUGUUCUAUACUAUUCAGUGUUAGUUGAAAAGGGUUACCAACUAUCAA